CUGAUGAGCAGCCGGCGGAUUGUUUCCGAAAAGUUUUCAUCCGCCAACACACUUGAAGAACCGGAGAGGACGGAGUCAGCUGGAGCUCCACGCGGCCGUGAGGUAUUGAGAUGAGCGCAGACCCGGUGGAGCAGUCGGAGGCUCCAGCCGAGCAGGCAGGGCCAAACGGAAUCGACUUCCAUCGUCAAAUAAAGAGAGAAGAGGUCCACGACUCGCCUCAUUCAGCCGCCACACUGAAGACAUGCCACCUGACACAGAGCUCUCCAGGGCCUGGAGGUCAGCUGUCUGGGGAGCUCACCUCUCUUCACACCAUGCAGCAGCUUCUGAUGCCCCCGUCUCACCUGGCGUCUCCCUCACCCUUCCUGCUCUCCCAGAGCCCCACCAGCCACCAAGCCCUUCUGCAGCAGAACCUGCUGUCCCUUCCCUGUCAGAGUCAAACUAGUCUCCUUCAGCACCAACCUGGUCUGGCUCUGACUCCCCAGGCUAUGAGCCGCUCCGGUCUGGUAGGCCCGUCUAUGGAGAACCACAUGGACAUGUCCCACCUGCAGAUGCCCAAACACAUGGCAGUGCCACUGCAGGAGGAACCCAGUGAUCUGGAAGAGCUGGAGCAGUUUGCUAAAGCCUUCAAGCAACGACGCAUCAAACUGGGCUUCACACAGGGGGACGUGGGCCUUGCGAUGGGAAAACUGUACGGGAACGAUUUCAGCCAGACCACAAUCUCCCGUUUCGAGGCUCUGAACCUCAGCUUCAAAAACAUGUGCAAGCUCAAACCUUUGCUGGAGAAAUGGCUGAGUGACGCAGAGAACUCACCUCCCGACUCGAUGAGCAACCCCACCUCUCUGCCGCCGCUGAUAGAGGGUUACGGACGCAAGCGGAAAAAGAGGACGAGCAUUGAAACGAACAUCAAGCUCACUCUGGAGAAGCGUUUCCUUGAUAACCCCAAGCCCAACUCUGAGGAGAUAACCCUGAUCUCGGAACAGCUCGGCAUGGAGAAGGAGGUGGUUCGAGUUUGGUUCUGCAAUCGGCGUCAGAAGGAGAAGAGGAUCUACUGCCCGGUGACGAGUUUAUCGGUCAAGUCACACAGCUACAACUCCAGAAUGUUUCAGGCCACGUCUUCCAGAUCCUACAGCCCUCCGGCUACCGGCGGAGUUUCAUCGAAUUCCUCUCCAAAUAGUCGGGAGCCUUCUCCCAACAGUCUGUCAGCAGCCUCCAUCUCUUUAACGUCUCAGGUUAACCCGGCUUCCUACAGCACGCCAGGGUCCUGGUACCGCACGUGGAAUUCUGCGUACCAUCACUGAGAACCAUGAACUCUUAUCAUAUGAAGCUUUUUUUUGAAGAUUUUGUUUGGUUUUGAGAAGGAUGUACAGUGAAGAGACGCUUGGAACUGUUGUGAACACGGUUUUACAACUCCAGGCCCGAACCCGUGAGACUAAACAGCAGAGGACUGCUGGUAGGAAAAGCCUCGAGCUGUUUGAUUUGUGUUCAGGUGACUCUUUGCGUAGAUCAGCCGCAAAGAGGAAGAAUAAACAGGAAAAAAACACACCUGACAAGAUGUAAACACUAGCGGGGAUUCUCAUGUUCUCACGUGGCUCGAAUAGACUCAAACAACCGGUUUGAGUGAUUGUGUACCAAGCGGUUCCCUUUUUUCUCUCUCUGCCAUCUUUAUGUUGGGCUCUCGAUGUGUUUUGAUGUUUGUUUCAUAGCUCGUGUUGUGUUUGUGAAGUUUAUUCUAUCCUACGUUACGUACUGCUGGCCUGUCUAAAUACAUAUGCAGUUAAAAGGAAACUGUUCACCACGGCUGCAAAAAAAAAAGGCAGAAUGGCUUUUGAUUUGGUUCUUUAUUUAUUUUAAAGGAUGGAUCUCUUUUUAUUACAACUUAAGCUUUGGCCAUCAUUUCUUAUCAUUAUUAUGACAAUUGCAGUGAAGCGGAAACAUGAUCGGACUGUAGAUUAUUGCGAUUCCUUUUCCAGGUGACAGAAGUGACCUCUAAUAAUCCAUUAUUGCACUACAAAACUAUGGAAAGGAAGGUUAAAACUGACCUUUUGCUAAGUAGCAUCUUUAGCAUCA